UUGAGAUUUUACUUAAAUCCGUUCGCUACCAAUCACAGACCCCCCGUGCAUUAAUUAUUUAAUUGAGUUUCAUUUAAAGAUAUCAUCGAGAGGCCAAGAGUCAUCCUAUAUAAUUAAGAGAAGAGGAGAAGAGAUGAGUUCGGCGAGCAGAGCAUGGAUGGUGGCGGCCACUGUUGGGGCAGUGGAGGCGUUGAAAGAUCAGGGUUUCUGCAGAUGGAACUACGCCCUCAGAUCCAUCGCCCAACACGCCAACCACAAUUUCAGGUCAUUAGCUCAGACCAGCGAGCUCCCUUCUUCAUCUGUCGUGGUUUCCAGCAACAACAAACUAAAGAGAGAAGAGAGGGGGAAGCAAUCGGAGUCGUCGUUGAGACAAGUUAUGUACUUGAGCUGCUGGGGCCCCAAUUAAACUAAACUCCCACGACUAGAGAGGCCUACGAUUCUGGAUCCGCAGCCCAACAGGACACGGCACGAGCGUGUACAGGAUUGACGAAAUUCGAAGACCGAUUCCGCUGUAAACAUAUGUAAUAUUUGUAAUACGGUUGGUGGAAAUUGGGUUUGCUUUAGUUCUUCUUCUGCAAUCUUCUUUCUUGAUGUCUCCUGUGGAAGGCGACGGAGCAAAAUUCCUGAUUUCUUUGCUCGUUCUCUGUCUCCGCCUUAUCUUCUUCGCCCUGGAAAGAUGUUUUUUAGAUUGGCGCAUCUUCUUGGCGAAUUUCAAAGAUAAUUCUUUUCAACGCAAAACUGGCGCUGGAUUAUGAAUCAUUUGGCUUUGGACCCAGUGUUAAUUUGGUCUCCUUCAAAUUUUAUUGCGUGGAUACUCUCCUAUGACUGUGGGAGGGAGAAAAGAAAUUACGUAUGAUGAUGACCCAUUUCUUCA